AUGAAAAAUGACACUCUUUUGGGGAACCGGCUUUGCUAUAGAAUUGAAAUUACUAAUGAUAAUGGACCAAUAUUGACUGUCCAUUUUGAAGGUGCAGAUGUGGAGUUAAAGCCUUUACAAACUUUCAAUCAACCGGUUAAAGGAUAUGAUAUUUACUGCUUUGCAAUUAUAAAUCAUGCAAAAACUGAAUUGGCAUAUUUGGGUGACCAAGGAUUAUAUGGCAACUAUGUUCAAGCUAAUUUUUUGAUUGGGUUUGACUUGGAAACAAGGAUGGUCUCCUUCAAGCUGACUGAUUGCACCAAACUGUAG